CUCUAAGCGCCGCGCGUGUCCCCGGCUUCGGCCCCGCCCCGCGCCGUCCAAUGAGAGCCCGCGGCCUGAGGGGCUGUCUGCACCCCCGACCCGCAGCCCCACUCCGUGCAGCCGACCGCCUGACACCGCACCCAGAGCCCAGGAAGCGAGCCCCUUACUCCGGGCUCCGCGCGCCGUCGUCGACCUGCGCACACCGCUCCUUAGGCUCUUCUCUGGGACCCUGCGUCCGGCUCCUGGAUUCCAGGUCUCCAGCUGCCGGCGAACCCCAUGGCCCCCCAGGGGGCUGAGGUGGGAGCAGCCUGAGUUCCACCAGCCGGUGCCCAGUUCACGCCCCCACCCCGGGCCGCGCAGCGGGAGCGUCUUGGGGGAGCUAUGCUGAGGCCCGGUGGUGCAGAGGAAGCCGCGCAGCUCCCCUCUCGGCGCUCUCGCGCCCCUGUCCUAGCGCCCGUGUCCAGACCCGCGGCCCCCGAAGGCUCCGGGGUGUCGGCCCGUCUAGGCCUUGCCUGCCUUCUGUUGCUGCUGCUGCUGACGCUGCCGGCCAGCGUAGACACGUCCUGGUGGUACAUCGGGGCACUGGGGGCCCGAGUGAUCUGUGACAAUAUCCCUGGUCUGGUGAGCAGACAGCGGCAGCUGUGCCAGCGUUACCCAGACAUCAUGCGCUCGGUGGGUGAGGGUGCCCGAGAAUGGAUCCGGGAGUGUCAGCACCAGUUCCGCCAUCACCGCUGGAACUGCACCACGCUGGACCGGGACCACACUGUUUUUGGCCGUGUCAUGCUUCGAAGCAGCCGAGAAGCAGCAUUUGUAUAUGCCAUCUCGUCAGCAGGGGUGGUUCACGCAAUCACUCGUGCCUGUAGCCAGGGUGAACUGAGUGUGUGUAGCUGUGACCCCUAUACUCGUGGCCGACACCAUGACCAACGUGGGGACUUUGACUGGGGUGGCUGCAGUGACAACAUCCACUAUGGCAUCCGCUUUGCCAAGGCCUUUGUGGAUGCCAAGGAAAAGAGGCUUAAGGAUGCCCGAGCCCUCAUGAACUUACAUAACAACCGCUGUGGUCGCACGGCUGUGCGACGGUUUUUGAAGCUGGAAUGUAAGUGCCAUGGGGUGAGUGGCUCCUGUACUCUGCGUACCUGCUGGCGUGCACUUUCAGACUUCCGCCGCACAGGUGAUUACCUGCGGCGGCGCUACGAUGGGGCUGUGCAGGUGACAGCCACCCAGGAUGGUGCCAACUUCACAGCAGCCCGCCAAGGCUAUCGUCGUGCCACCCGGACUGACCUUGUCUACUUUGACAACUCCCCAGACUACUGUGUCUUAGACAAGGCUGCAGGUUCCCUAGGUACUGCAGGCCGUGUCUGCAGUAAGACAUCUAAAGGGACAGAUGGUUGUGAAAUCAUGUGCUGCGGCCGAGGGUACGACACAACUCGCGUUACCCGUGUCACCCAGUGUGAAUGCAAAUUCCACUGGUGCUGUGCUGUGCGGUGCAAGGAAUGCAGGAACACUGUGGACGUCCAUACUUGCAAGGCCCCUAAGAAGGCAGAAUGGCUGGACCAGACCUGAACACAUGGAUACCUCACUAGGCCCUCACUUCAAACCUCCCGAAUCCAAAGCACAAGAUCCUUGCAUGCACACCUUCCUCCAUCCUCAACUCUGGGCUGCUACACUUCUAUUUAAGUACUUGGAGAAUAUCCAGAGGCCCUGGUGUCCUGGCCGGUUCCUUAGCCCUGGGAAGGAGUUGACAGAGGAUGUAAGAAACUGAGUGGCUCCCUGGUUCCCGCUCUGGAAGUUAGAAAGGAGAGUGGGAGAGGCAGGAAGUCUUUGGAUUGAUAGGAGUUGCACUAAAGCACCUGGUCAAAGCUCAUUUUCCUUUUCUCAGGCUUCCUGAUGCUUCUUGUGUAAAGAGGAUGUGUACCUGAAGAGAGCUUCUUUUUGUCCCUACCUGGCUAAGGGUAGAUGGGACAGAGAUGAAACCUUCCCUGGAGUCAGUUCAAGCAGACUUCCCAUUACCCCAAAAGAAACUUUUAGGCUACAACAUUAUUCCACUAUCAAGAGCCUGGGACUGCUAGACAAGUUAGCCAUAGUGGACAAGGUGCCAUUCACAAGCUCAUAUGUUUAUUAACUGCUGUGUUUUGUAAGGAAAAA